UUUUAUUCCGAUGUUUAGGAUUCAUUAUACACCACUUGUAAAUAAGAAUUUGUGGAGAAAUUUAAACCUUUCAUCCAUCAGGCACAAACCCUCUUUAUCAUUGAGCAAAGAAAUCAUAGAUCGUGUUUGUUCGGUAAAUUUUUACAAUUUAUAAGUUGAAGUCCAAUAAUUGAAAAAAGGAUUUGAUCUGGCAAUUUAAAAACCCACCCCUACAAAUAAAAUAUUUCACAAACAGGAAACGACGUUGUUUAAAAGGCUGGAAAACAAAACCUAUAAAUUCUCAAAAAUCAACAUAAAAUCAGCAAACCUAGACUCUCUUCUCCUCCAUUCUCCACUUAAUGGCAGCUUGCCGAAGCUGUAAAUCGAAGGCACUUACCACCGAUGAAGUCACUGGAGGAACAGUUUGUACAUCUUGCGGUAUCGUUCAAGAUUUCGACGACUACCAGUACACUUUCGGCGGUGUUUCCGGCCCCGAAGGCACCUUUGUUCGUGUCGGAACCGCCGGUGCAGGCACUGAUUACUCAUACAAGGAACGGAAACUCUAUGAAGCAAAUCAGAUCAUUGACGACAUCGUGAAUCGCCUCAGCUUCGGCGAUAUUCGAACCCGGGAGGUCAAGGAAAUGAUUAAGAAAGUCACCGAUGGCGAAUUCGGGUUAGGUAACUGGUUCUAUGUUCUUGUUGGUGCUUGUUGUUAUAUUGUAAUGCGUCAGAAUAAUAAACCAUUGCCAAUUUCUGAGGUUAUUGGGGCUGUGGGGUGUGAAUUGUAUGAAAUGGGGAAGAUGGUAAACAGGGUAGUUGAUUUUUUAGGGUUAGAGUUGAAGGAAUUUGAUUUGGUGGGUUUGUUGGAGAGGACAAUUAAAGGGUUUUCUGGGUUUAGUGAGAUUGAUAAGGAGAAGGUUGAUUUGAUGGUAAAGCAGGGGAAUUUUGUAAUUCAAUGUGCUAUUAAGUGGUUUUUGACCACUGGACGGAGGCCGGUGCCUGUUAUCGUGGCAGUGUUAGUUUUCGUGGGGGCGGUGAAUGGGGUUCAGGUUCGGAUGGAGGAUGUGGCAAAGGAGGAGAAUGUGGCGAUUAGUACUUGCAAGUUGAGGUACAAGGAGCUUUUGGAGGCCAUGGUGGAGGUGGCCCAAAAGUUGCCUUGGGGGAAAGAUGUCAAUGUUAAGAAUAUUGUGAGGAAUGCACCGUUUGUGUUGAAGUAUAUGGAGAUGAAAUCAAUGGAGGAUAGGCGGAUAGAGAAAACAAACCUUUCGGAGGAGAGUGGGGAUUUCAAUUUGGGUGAUAUAAUUGGGGAGUGUUUGGGUAAGGAGGUUGCUUAUGAUGGGAUUGAUGGUGGUGUUAGUGCUGUUGCAAGUGGUUCGGGAUGUUUAGACGGAGCAGAGGAAUGGGAGAAUCUCAAGGUUUCACAUAGUGAAUUGGCAAAUGUGUACUCAAAGUUCAAGGCUGAGUUUUUAAACCGUAGACUAACUAAUAAGAAUGACAUAGUUGACUAUGGAGAUAGACUAAGUGGAUUAGAUGAUCAACUUUUUGAUGAGUGGUGGAGUGGGAGAUCAGAAUUGUGUGAAAAGCUUUUGAUGGAGCAGUUAUUGGAGAAAGAUGUUGGAUUGGAUCCUCUCCCACCAUCAUAUAUUCGUGGUUGCAAAGCUGUUAAAAGGAGGCAAGAAAAGAUAAGAGCCGCGAAGAGGCGCAUUAAUAACAUUAUUAAUCCCCCAAUUGUUAAAUCCAACAACACAAUUAAGCAUAGAAGUUUGGAUGCUCAAUCCUGUAGUAGUAAUGAAAUUAACACUGUGGAAAAUGUUAAUAGCCGGAAGAAGAGGAAGAAACAGCACGAUACCAUUGAUUGGGAAGAUUUUAUCAUCGAGUCACUCCUGUUGCAUCAGGUGAAAGAAGAGGAAAUAGAGAAGGGCCACUACAAUGCCUUGUUAGGCUUGUAUGUGUUUAGAUCUGGUCUCGUCUGAAAGGAUCUGUUUAGAUUCAUUCAAGCACUUAAUUUAUGCUUUUGGCUCAAGGGGAUGAAAUCUGCUAAAUAAGCCAUUUUUGGGGGUAGAUCACUAAAUUGUAUAUUAACUGUAAGAUUAUGUAUAUGUUUUAAUAUAAUUAUAAGAUUCUUAUUUUUUCCUGGUAGA